AUGGCCGACAAGCGCGGGGCCAGGGGGUACGUCGCCCUCGCGGUCGACGAACCGGGGCAGCCGUUCGUCUACGUCAAGGACACUUGGCGAUGGGAGCAGAGCUUUAUCAAGCAGGAGGGUACAAGACUGGCCCGGCUGAACGCGGUGGGGGUGCGCUUCGUCCCCACCCUCGUUUGUCACGGGGAUGUGCCGGGGCAGUACGUGAACAUCAACGCGCUCCUGGAGCGAGCGUACGGGCAGCCAUUGGGCACGCCCGAACGUCCAAUACCCACGCUCGUAAUCCGGCAUUACCGUUUGGUGGUACGGGAGGUCGGCAGGCCCCUUCGCGACUUCAAGAACGGGCGGGAACUCGUGAGCUUAUUCAAGGACUGCGUCGAGGCGCAUCAUGAAGCCUACGCACGCGCGCACUUACUUCAUCGAGACAUCAGUCCAGGCAACAUGCUGAUGGUCCCAACUGACUCUGAAGACGGGGAUCGGUACCGGGGAAUGUUGAUGGAUUGGGAGAUGUCCGAGUCCGUCGAGUCGGGUGUCGACAGGAUAACAUCUCUCCGAGGCACCUAUGCGUUUCUUUCCGUGAAGGCACUGGAUUACCCAAAGGAGUCCCACGUCGUCUCUGACGAGCUCGAGGCGUUCCUUCACGUUCUAGUGAAGAUGUGCAUCCGGUACAUGCCCCAC